AUGGCUGAUUCAGUGUGGGACGUUGAUUUUUUGCAAGACACCGUGAAUGAACUUCGAAAUCAAGUUCGUGAUCUAUUAACCAUAAUUUUAUUUAAUACCUUAACUUCUAUCCUGAAUCAAAAUAAAUUAGAAAGCCCUAACUAUGCAAACUCCAAACAUAAUUUGGAUAUUGUUCUUACUGCUGAUGGCUUUAAAUUUGUGUUGGUUGAGGAAUAUCUUGUUAAGUCAGAUGAACCCACUGAUGAUGAGAUUAAAGGCUACGAUAAGUGGGUCAAGGCUGACGAGAUGGCAAGAUGCUACAUUCUUGCCUCUAUGAAAAAUGUGUUACAGCAUCAACAUCAGUCCAUUACUACUGCUUAUGAUGUGCUUAAAUCUCUCAAAGAGAUGUUUGGUGAGCAAAAUCGUGUUGUAAAGAAAACGGCCAUGAAAGUUCUUUUGACCACAAAAAUGAUUGAAGGAACUUCGGUAAGGAAACAUAUUCUUAAAAUGGUGAGUCUAUUGAACGAGCUAGAAAUUCUUGGGGCAGUUAUUGAUAAGGAGUCUCAGGUUGAGAUGGUCCUACAGACUCUGCCAGACAGUUUUAAGCAGUUUCGCUUGAAUUAUAACAUGAAUAAGAUGGACUUAUCUUUUGCAAAACUGUUGAAUGAGCUGCAAGCGGCAGAAUGUAUCAUUAAGCAACAAGCUCCUUCAGUGAUGUUGAUGGUUGACAAACCUUCGUCUUCGACUUCUAAGCCAAAAGGCGAAAAGAAAAAAAAAAGCCUCGAAUUGGGCAAUAGAAUAAUGAAUAAUGAAACACAACAACAAAUUCAAAAAACUAUUAUUGACAUACCAUUGCAUCCACGUAGUGGGAGAAAUGUCAAUAGACAAGAGGUUGCACAAGAACAAAUACUUGAUAUUACACUACCUAGUAGUGCGAGUAACAUCGAGCAGCCUGCAAUUGUGGAUAAAAAUAUUCAGGAUAAUGUCGAGGAACCGUCAUAG